UGCAAACUCACUUCUGCUCGGCUGCCAGGGUAUAGGGCAGCGGGAGAGCCAAUCAACGAAUCGCACAGACUCCCUUUAAGCCUGACAUAUCUCCAACAGGAACAAAUUGUCCCAACAAUCAACAUUUGAAUCUCCCGUGCGCAUCGGCGGUGCAGUGCGUAUCGCACGGACGGGCUGCGGUGUUUUGGAGACACGACAAUAAAUCAGCAGCCAUAGAGAGAAACAGCUCGACAGUACCGCCGUCGUUUUGGAUAUCAGCAGCGACUCUGCGCGGAGGAGUGUGUAGACAUGUCUAUAUUACCGUCCUUCGGUUUUACGCAGGAGCAAGUGGCCUGCGUGUGCGAGGUCCUCCAGCAAGGGGGGAACCUGGAGCGGCUAGGGCGGUUCCUCUGGUCCCUGCCCGCCUGCGACCACCUCCACAAGAACGAGAGUGUCCUCAAAGCCAAGGCGGUGGUGGCCUUCCACCGGGGCAACUUCAGGGAGCUCUACAAGAUCCUUGAGAGCCACCAGUUCUCGCCGCACAAUCACCCGAAGCUGCAGCAGCUGUGGCUGAAGGCGCACUACGUGGAGGCGGAGAAGCUGCGUGGCCGGCCGCUCGGAGCGGUGGGGAAGUACCGCGUGAGGAGGAAAUUCCCCCUGCCACGCACUAUAUGGGACGGCGAGGAGACCAGCUACUGCUUUAAGGAGAAGUCCAGGGGCGUUCUGAGGGAAUGGUACACGCACAACCCUUACCCGUCUCCCCGGGAGAAGCGGGAGCUAGCCGAGGCCACCGGGCUGACCACCACGCAGGUCAGCAACUGGUUCAAAAACCGGCGCCAGAGGGACCGGGCGGCCGAAGCCAAAGAAAGGGAAAACAGUGAAAACAACAACAGCGGCAACAACAAACAGAACCAGCUGUCUCCGCUGGACGGCGGGAAGUCGCUCAUGUCCAGCUCGGAGGACGAGUUCUCCCCCCCGCAGAGCCCCGACCACAGCUCGGUGCUUUUGCUCCAGGGGAACAUGUCCCAUCCCGGGGCCUCGUCCUACCCCAUGUCGGGGCUCGGAGGGCCGCAGUCGGUCCACGGCCUGCACGGACACCCGCACCAGCUCCAAGACUCGUUGCUGGGACCGCUGACUUCCAGCCUUGUGGAUCUAGGCUCGUAAGAGCUACGUCCGAUUCGAUUUGGCAAAAAGAAAGACUGAUAACUGCAUCAGAAACUGUAUCAAAUUCACCACAUAUAUGGAAUAACACAAUAUAAUAGACUGACGUAUCUGUUGUUAAUUUGGUUAAAUACAACAACAUUCGUUUAUGCGCUUAAUCCAUCCUAUACCCUCCAUGGGCUCUGAGGUCUCCUUACUCUUCUGCCUAGAAACUACAACCCUCUUCGGAACUCUUAACUCAACGAAACACUUAACUGGUCUGCCCCUUUGCUUAAUUUAUGAUAUUUUGUUAAAAUAAUAAAGAUUUAUAGCAAUUCCCUGCUAUGGAAACUAAUACGCAACGUUUUCGUUAGAGUAAUAAUUAGUUUCCAAUAAAACAAAAUUAAUCAA